ACUUGACACCUUAUUAGCGAGCUAAGGGCUUCUCUGUCAGUGCUAAGGCGCCGCCUGAAGCAAUCCCCUCCCUCCUCUCUCUUUUUCUUAUCUUCUACGCCAAAUCGUUUCUCUAUAGCCACCCAAAACCCUAAGACAAGAUGAAUACUGAAAAACUUAUGAGAAUGGCUGGUGCUGUUCGCACUGGUGGGAAGGGUACCAUGAGGAGAAAGAAGAAGGCUGUCCACAAGACAACUACCACGGAUGACAAAAGGCUUCAGAGCACCCUGAAGAGAAUAGGCGUGAAUGCUAUACCAGCAAUUGAGGAAGUCAACAUAUUCAUGGAUGAUGUAGUCAUCCAAUUUGUUAACCCCAAAGUUCAAGCUUCCAUUGCUGCAAACACAUGGGUUGUUAGUGGUUCUCCUCAAAUGAAGAAAUUGCAGGACAUUCUUCCCAAUAUCAUAAACCAAUUGGGUCCUGAUAACCUGGACAAUCUGAGGAAGCUGGCUGAGCAAUUCCAGAAGCAGGCACCUGCUGCAGGUGCUGGUGCAAACAUGGCACAGGAAGACGACGACGUGAUUCCUGAGCUUGUUUCUGGGGAGACUUUUGAAGCUGCAGCAGAGGAGGGUCAGAAGGCUGCUGCAUCUUAGAGAAUUUUAGAGGGGUUUGUGCUCUUCUAUGUUUUUUUGGGCAUAUUAUGUUUUGCUUUCUUUUUCUUUUUUUGAUCAAGAUUCAAUGUCCUAUCUUCUGAUCUUCUUGUUAGUGACCCUGGAUGGUUUUGUUACCAUAGAUGUUUUGGUGGAAUUCCAACUGAGUCUUCCAAUUUGUUGGUUGGUUUCCUCUGAACUGUGAGGAAUUAUUUUCUUGUUUCGACUUAAUCAGGCUGAUGUAGCGGAUGGCAAA